AAAACUGGGAAAUGUCCCAUCCCUACAGCCAGCCUGGUCAGAAACCUGUUCCUGGCCCUCCUUUUACAUGGGCUGGGAGAAGGUUCUGCCCUUCUUCACCCAGAUAGCAGAUCCCAUCCUCGAUCCUUUAGAGAAGAUGGCGCUUGGAGAGCUUUCAAGGAAUCCCAUUGUCAUCACAUGCUCAAGCACCUCCACAAUGGAGCCAACCGGAUCACUGUGCAGAUGCCCACCCACCAUGAAGGCCACUGGGUCUCCACAGGAUGUGAAGUGAGAUCUGGUCCAGAAUUCGUCACCAGAUCUUAUCGAUUCUACCACAAUAAUACCUUCAAAGCCUACCAGUUUUAUUAUGGUGGUAACCGUUGUACCAACCCUACUUGACACUCUAGUCAUCAGGGGUAAGAUCGACUUCGCCAAGCAUCCUGGAUCAUCCGAGGAGGAACUGAAGCAGACUACCAGCUACAUAAUGUCCAGAUCAUCUGCCAUAGUGAGGCUGUUGCUGAAAGACUUAGUCAGUUGAUAAAUCGCACGUGCCCUGGUUUCAUCCCCUCAGAUAACCCCUGGGUGCAGGAUGCCACCUAUGAUUUAUGGAGGGAAGAAAAUGGCCGUGAGUGUACGAGAGCAGUGAAUUUUGCUAUGCAUGAGCUUCAAUUGAUCCGAGUAGAAAAACAGUACCUCCAUCACAACCUGGAUCACCUUGUGGAGGAACUGUUCCUUGGUGACAUUCACACUGACUCCAGCCAAAGGAUGUUUUACCGGCCAUCGAGUUACCAGCCACCCCUACAAAAUGCCAAGAAUCAUGACCAUGCCUGCAUUGCAUGUCGAAUCAUCUACCGUUCCGAUGAGCACCAUCCUCCAAUAUUGCCCCCCAAAGCUGACCUGACCAUUGGUCUACAUGGGGAGUGGGUGAGCCAGAGGUGUGAAGUACGUCCUGAAGUCCUCUUCCUCACCCGCCACUUCAUAUUUCAUGACAACAAUAAUACCUGGGAAGGGCAUUAUUACCACUACUCUGAUCCCAUCUGCAAGCAUCCCACUUUCACUAUUUAUGCCCAGGGUCGCUACAGCCGUGGUGUACACUCUGCCAGGGUCAUGGGAGGCACAGAGUUUGUGUUCAAAGUGAAUCACAUGAAGGUCACCCCGAUGGAUGCGGCCACAGCCUCUCUCUUAAAUGUGUUCAAUGGGAAUGAAUGUGGAGCUGAGGGCUCAUGGCAGGUUGGAAUCCAGCAGGAUGUGACUCACACCAAUGGUUGUGUUGCCUUGGGAAUUAAACUACCUCACACUGAGUAUGAGAUCUUCAAAAUGGAACAAGAUACACGGGGCCGGUACUUACUGUACAAUGGGCAGAGACCCAGUGAUGGAUCCAGUCCUGACCGACCAGAAAAGAGAGCCACAUCUUACCAAAUGCCCUUAGUUCAGUGUGCAUCUUCAGCACCCAGAUCAGAAGAUUUAACAGAGGAGAAUACAAGAGGCCACUAUGGGAAUGGGGCACCUGAAAGGAAUUUCUGUACUGUACUCCUGACUCUGAUUGCAUGCCUUUGGACUGUUCCACAUUGGAAUACCUUCAGCUAG